AUGUCCGCGCCUCUUCUGCCCAAUGCCAAGGUAAAUAGUCUGGAAUUUUUCCAUAUUAACUGGAACGUAUGGAAAAUGCUAGGCUUGCAGAUCUUCAAGAGAGACGUCCAUACUCUACAACGUCUGGCGGUAAGCCGUGCAUAUUUUGCUUGGAGCAUUGCUGCUAAUUUCAUGGGUACCAUCUUAUUUCCCAUUCAUCUGGCUAUGGGAAUUUAUGAAAGUCGUAAUAAAUCCGAAUUAUUCAACAGCAUAUCGAUAAGCAUAACCAGCAUAGGGGCCACCAUCAAAUUCUUUUUAAUGGCCAGCAAAAUGAAGCAAAUAGCCCAAAUGGAGGCACUCACACAAGUGCUAGACGCUCGGGUGACGCACCCCGAAGAAUUGUGGCAUUAUCAGAAUCGUAUACGUCUCAAUAUAUUCAAUAUCCAACGCAUGUUCUCAAUUCUGUAUAGCGGUGUUGCAGCCUCUGUAGCUGCUUUAUAUUUGUCCAGUGGAGAACGCCGUCUCAUCUACCCCGGAUGGCUACCGUUUGAGUGGCGACAGUCGUCUGGUUUCUAUGCUCUGGCUAUUCUCUAUCAGCUCUUUGGUUUCAUCUUUCAAAUCUCGCAGACUUAUACGAAUGACAGUUUUGCACCCAAAUCCUUGUGUCUGCUAUCGGCGCACAUUGAACUUUUGUACAAGCGAGUGUCCCGCAUAGGAUUUGAGGGUCCAAACGAAGACGGUGGUGGAAGCAAAGCAGCCCUGCAGCAAGAGGAGGACAAAUUAAAUCUAUGUGUCUUGGAUCAAAUUAAUUUGUAUGAGUAA